AGCCUAAACAGCCACAGGGUAGUGUAUACACCGUUAAAGUUUCUUCUUUCAUUUCUUGCUGUAUCCAUGGUAAGAGCUAACGCAACAACCCUUCGCGGUCGUACCGGCGUUCGUAUUGUCGUUGCCGGAGAUAAAGGAACCGGUAAAUCCAGCCUUAUUACUACCGCCGCCUAUGACAUAUUCCCCGUCAAUGUCGCUCCGGUAUUGCCUCCCACCGCUCUACCUGUAGAUCAGUAUCCUGAUCGCGUGCCAGUCACAAUCAUCGACACCACUUCCCGUGUUGAGGAAAGGUAUAAAGUUGCUGAAGAACUAAAGAAGGCUGAAACAGUUGUCCUCACUUAUGCAUGUGAUCGGCCUGAGACACUUGAUAGUCUAAGUACAUAUUGGCUCCCGCAUCUUCGUGAUCUAGAGGUAAAAGUUCCAGUUAUAGUGGUUGGUUGUAAGCUUGAUUUGCGAGAUGACAAUCAUCAGGUGAGCCUAGAACAGGUGAUGUCACCAAUAAUGCAACAGUUUCGAGAGAUUGAAACUUGCAUCGAGUGUUCCGCAUCUAAGCUUAUCCAGGUCGCUGAAGUUUUCUACUAUGCACAAAAGGCUGUUCUUCAUCCAACCGCUCCUUUAUUUGAUCAAGAGUCACAGACUCUAAAGCCUCGAUGUGUGCGAGCUUUGAAGCGAAUUUUUAUCCUCUGUGACCAUGACAGAGAUGGUGCCCUUAGUGAUGAUGAAUUGAAUGAUUUUCAGGUUAAAUGUUUCAAUGCUCCUUUGCAACCAUCUGAAAUUGUGGGUGUAAAGAAGGUUGUGCAAGAAAAACUCUCCGAAGGUGUGAACGAACGAGGGCUUACUUUGACAGGAUUUCUAUUUCUUCAUGCCCUUUUCAUAGAAAAAGGCCGUCUUGAGACAACAUGGACUGUGCUUAGGAAGUUUGGAUACAGUGAUGAUAUCAAGUUUGCUGAAGAACUACUUCCACCUUUGAAAUGUGAACCUGAUCAGAGUGUUGAAUUGACAACUGAAGCAAUUGAUUUCUUGAAGACAAUUUUUGAUGCAUUUGAUGGCGAUCGUGAUGGGAUGCUGCGACCCCGUGAAAUUGAAGAAUUGUUUUCUACAGCACCAGAAAGUCCCUGGAUUGGAAAUCCAUACGAGGACGCUGCAGAAAGGAAUGCAUUUGGAGGACUAUCACUUGAUGCAUUUUUGUCAGAGUGGGCACUCAUGACACUUCUUAACCCAGCCUUUAGUGUGGAGAAUCUCAUAUACAUUGGUUACCCUAGUGAUCCAUCAUCUGCUAUCCGUGUAACUAGGAAGCGACGCUCAGAUCGCAAAAAACAACAGUCAGAAAGAAAUGUGUUCCAGUGCUUUGUUUUUGGGCCUAGGCAGACUGGAAAAUCUUCAUUGUUGAAUUCUUUCAUUGGAAGGCCAUAUUCUGAAGCUUACAAUCCAACCGACGAGGAUCGUUAUGCUGUAAAUGUUGUUGAAUUUUCUCGGGAAAACAAAAAAUAUCUUGUGCUGAGAGAGAUUCCUGAAGGUGGAGUUAAAAGGCUGCUGGCAAAUAAGGAGUCUUUGGCUUCAUGUGACAUUGCAGUUUUCCUUCAUGACAGGUCUGAUGAGUCUUCAUGGAAGGCAUCGUCUGAACUCUUGGUAGAAAUUGCUGGUCAUGGAGAAAAUACUGGCUAUGAGGUGCCCUGCCUUAUAGUUGCAGCUAAAGAUGACCUGGAUUCAUUCACAUUGGCUAUACAAGAUUCAACAAGGGUUAGUCAGGACAUGGGAGUAGAGGCUCCUAUACCAAUUAGUGUGAAAUUAGGUGACUUUAACAGUCUAUUCCGCCGAAUUGUAACUGCUGCUGAGCAUCCUCAUUUAAGCAUUCCAGAAACUGAAGCUGGAAAAACCCGCAAGCAGUACCACAGGCUCAUAAAUCGAUCUCUUAUGUUUGUUUCAGUUGGAGCGGCUGUGGCGGUUGUUGGGGUGGCUGCUUUCAGGGUAUAUGCUGCAAGGAAGAAUGCGUCUGGCUAAAAGACAAAGGUUUUGUGAAUUGGUCGUGAUCUAUAACUUGAUCUGAAUGCAGUCUGCUCUUUUGGCUAAACUACAUGGCCUUUAACAUUAAAAGGCUUCUUUUUAAGCCAUCUGUUGUAGAGUUUGCUAUGAUAUUAUGAUUAUAUCACGACCUUCAAUUUUUAUUUUUGUCAAUGUUGAAUUAGGUUACCAAAAUUUUUAUAUACAAAUUAUUGGAUGUUAGUCUUUUUUUAUUAGGGGCUUUGUGAAGCAAUAUAUAUAAUAAAGCGUUAUAUUUCAGGUCCAGUUCAUUACUGGAAACUCUUGUAGAAUGAAAGCAUCAUCUCUGUAUUUACCUUUAUCCGAAGUUGAUGUUGAAAUCUGUUGAAAUACCUAAAGA